CACCACUGCACACACAUUCUAAUCCUCUUUCUUUUCCUCCACUCGCUGCUUCAGCUUCUGAGGCAACUCUGACAUAAGUUACCCAAAAGUCAGUGAUAGGGGGGACCAACUGUGAACAGGUUAUGUGUACAUGUGACUGUGUGUGUUAGAGAGAGAGGGGGGAGUCCACCAGUCAGCUCAGAGUGGUUCAUCUGUUUCACCCUCCCUCUAUGCCUUUUGUUGCGGCCCCUCACUUUUCCCCUGCUAGCCUGGAUAGAGGGAGCUGACACUGUGCCUGCCUGCUCUGGACUGGAUAUGGCGUAGAGACACCCUGACGCUACCCUGACUGGAUGUUCACCCUACGAGCUGAUGCAAUCACGGCGUCGGGUCCCACCCUAGACAAAGACCAACGGGACAGCGUUUUUUCAAGAGUGGCAGAGCCCUCGGUGUCGGCGCCCCUGGGGUCAGUCCCAAUGGACCUGCGUGUGACGGAGCGUGUGAUGCGGCCGGGAUCGGACACGGCCCUGCACCCUCCUCUGCUCCACAGCCCCUUCUCCCACCAGCCCUGCACUACCUUCUCCCAGCACCAGCUGCAUCAGCACAUACGGUUUAACAUGGAACAACGGAGAAGUGAGCAGGAGAAACAGCAAGAGCUGCAGCAGCUGUGGCACAAGGACAAGAGCCAACAGAGUGCUGUGGCCAGUUCCCUGGUGAAGCAGAAGCUCCAGGAGGUGAUUCUGAAGAAGCAGAAACAACAAGCCUUGGGAAGAACCAGCUCCAACCCUCUCAGUGGUCCCCCUGUGGGCUACAGGGAGCUGGCUCCAGACCCCAGUGGGACGUCCCAGCCUCUGGUGUCCCCCCCUCCACAGGGUUGCAGAGAGGGCUCAGAUGACACCCCUCUACGCAGGGCAGCCUCAGAGCCCAACCUGAAGGUGAAACACAAGUUGAAGAAACACCUGAACACUCGUAAGAGUCCUCUGACCCGCAAGGAGAGUGCUCCGUCCCCCAUCAAACACCGGGUGCCCGACACUCUGGACUCAUCUCCCAGCAGCAGUAGCACCCCAGUGUCUGGCUGCAGCUCCCCCAAUGACAGUCUACCCAAUGAGAAUGGAGUCCUGCCCUCUGUUGACGGGCUGUCCCAUGAGGUUAUUAUCCGAUUGGCCCAGAGGCUACUGCUCCAGGAUGGGUCUCUAGCCCACUUCACCAUCCAGAGUUCCUCUGCCCUACCCACCAUCACCCUGGGCCUUCCAGCCAACGCCAGGAGUGAAUUAGACUUGUCCCCUCGGAAGGUGGGCCGGGUGCCUAUGGUGACGGGAGGCCAGUCUGUCUACCUUCCCCUUGGGAUGGAGGAGCAGAGUGGGUCGCUGUCGCCCCACCUCCAGCCUGUCCUCCUCCUGGAGCCCUCCCGACUGGUCCAUACCCCCAUGCUCGCUGUUCCAGGCCUGGGCACCGUGCCACUACAGUUUGCCCCCCAGAUGAAUCGUCUGGCCCCGGGUGGGGGCCCUCACAAGGCCCUGAGCCGAACUCGCUCAGAGCCGCUGCCCCAGAGCCUCAGAUCCCUACACCCUCUGCUGCAACAGCACCACAACAGCCAACUACUGGAGAGACUUAAACAGCAGACACACCUGGGCAAGCUGAUGUCUAAAUCCAGUGAGAAGCCUCGGCUCAGACAGAUCCCCUCAGAAGACAUGGACUCUGAGGAGGUGGGGCCGACGCCCAGCGACACCUAUCACGGCCGAGCACGGGUGGAGUCACUGAGGGAAGCGGAGCCUGUGUCUGAUUUGGACAGCCAGGGAGAACAGAUCAAUCUGCAACACACACUCAUACUCAACCAGUCAUUGCUAUGGGAGAAACAGAAACAACUGCAGCAGUUGCGUCGGCAGACAGCCCACAUGGAGACGCUGGCGGUACCCAUGAUGCUUGGCAGUGCCCACCGGCCCCUCUUCCGUACCCAGUCCUCACCAGCCUCCACCUCCCUCACGCUGCCAGACAAGCCCCUGCCAAUACCCGCCCCAGAACCACAUAGCAAACCACGCUUCACCACCGGCCUGGUUUAUGACUCUCAGAUGCUAAAGCACCAGUGCACAUGUGGUGACAACAGCAGCCACCCAGAGCAUGCUGGGAGGAUCCAGAGUAUCUGGUCACGUCUCCAGGAGAGAGGUCUCAGGGGCCAGUGUGAGACUAUCCGGGGUCGAAAGGCCACUCUGGAGGAGCUGCAGUCGGUCCAUUCAGAGCGUCAUGUCCUGCUGUACGGCACCAACCCACUCAACCGCCUCAAACUGGACAACCGCAAGCUGGCCGGCAUUCUCUCUCAAAGGAUGUUUGUGAUGCUCCCAUGUGGAGGAGUGGGGGUGGACAAUGACACAAUCUGGAACGAGUCUCACACGUCCACGGCGUCUCGCAUGGCUGCAGGCAGUGUCACAGAGCUGGCCUUCAGGGUGGCCAAGGGAGAGCUCAAGAAUGGCUUUGCAGUGGUGAGGCCCCCAGGCCACCAUGCUGACCCUUCCAACCCAAUGGGUUUCUGCUAUUUCAACUCGGUGGCCAUCGCAGCCAAGCAGCUCCAACAGAAACUGAGUGCCAACAAGAUCCUCAUCGUAGACUGGGAUGUUCACCAUGGUAAUGGAACCCAGGAAGUGUUUUACAAUGAUCCCAGUGUGCUGUAUAUCUCACUGCAUCGCUAUGACGACGGCAACUUCUUCCCUGGCAGCGGGGGGCCAGCUGAGGUGGGAUGUGGUGCUGGAGAAGGCUUCAAUGUCAACGUGGCCUGGACUGGAGGUCUGGACCCCCCUAUGAGUGAUGCUGAGUACAUCGCUGCUUUUAGGACGGUGGUGAUACCCAUAGCUCAGGAGUUCUCCCCUGACGUGGUCCUGGUCUCCUCAGGGUUCGAUGCAGCAGAGGGACAUCCUGCACCUCUAGGGGGUUACAAGGUCACCGGCAAAUGUUUUGGGUUCCUGACCCGGCAGCUGAUGGGUCUGGCUGGAGGCCGGGUGAUCAUGGCCCUGGAGGGAGGUCACGACCUCACGGCCAUCUGCGACGCCUCCGAGGCCUGCGUCAGCGCUCUCCUGGGCAUUGAGGAGCCUAUGUCAGAGGAGGUGCUGCUGCAGAAGCCCAAUGCUAACAGUGUUUGCUCGCUACAGAGAGUCAUACAGAUACAUGGUCAGUAUUGGCAGUCCCUGAAGACGUUCAGUAGCUCUGUGGGACUGUCCUUCCUGGGUGCUCAGAGAAGAGACUGUGAGGAGACUGAUGCUGUCAAUGCUCUGGCCUCUCUCUCUGUGGGGGUCCUGACCAGCAAGAGCCUCCCCGACGAGCCUAUGGAGCAUGACGACGAUUCCAUGUGAAAGAUGCUGACUGUUGACCUCAGAGACCUCUCCUUCAGGACGUCCCAAUAGCCUUGGAGAUCCUGCCCUGUCACACGACGAGGGGGAAGAGUGUAGACUAUGGAACUCUGCCUUAACCAAUGAGACCUUAAAGCCACACAGUGCCUCAAAGACCACCGUCCAUUCUCCUAAGACUGUAUGCAGUGCAACUUAACACAGCGAAGAGUGAACUCAACACAGUGGAACUAAUGUAGCCUGCUCAGCCACACCAAAUACCUGUCAGUGUAUAUGUGAGGUAAAAGAUGUUCUCUCAAACAGCUGAUUAUUUGACUCUGUCAAGCCCUAGCAAGACAGAGUCAUUUUUAUUGUGUGUAUUCAGAAGGACACGUCCAUACCAGCCCUGUGCCGUCAUAUUGACCACUCUUUGGCCUUUAAAACAAGUACAGACAUAAAGGUCUUAUGGAGGCACUUACAGUAAAGAAAUACUUCCCAUCCGUUGUCUUAUUUCCCCAGUGUCUGUGAAUAAUACAGGCCAUAGAGACAAAAGGAAGAUGUGGCCCUGAAGGAGGGAAUUCUUAGCACCAGGUCUGUGGGUGUCUGUUGUUGUGUCAGUGAGCAGAGCAGACCCCAGUCAGUCUGAGGAAGGCCCUGGACGGACAGAGGGAGAGAGCGAUAGCCUGGAGGGGACCGGCCAGCACCUGGCAACUGUUGAAUGGCUCAGUCGGUCCUCGAUGAUGUCAUUAAUAGUUUAACCACUAAAGAAAAUACAAAAAAUAAGAAGUAAAUGAAGAUAAGGAUGACUGUGGUUUUAUCUGUUGUUUUUGUUUUUACACUGUGCAUUCCGUAAUGUGAACCGUUGAAAAUUCCAAACCUCGGGGAAACUCAAGUUCUAGAUUAUUUAAUUAUCUGUUAAACUUUGAAGAUUGGAAGAUAUUGUUGUCCUCUAAAAUCCACUCACAUUCUAAAAAGAAGACUUAUGCAUUCUACAUUUCAGUAUUUAUACGAAGUGCAUUUUCAAAAGAAAUCCUGUUUGGCCAGAUUGUAUUACGAAUACUUUCCACUGCUGUUCAUAGACAAGUGUCUUUAUAUAUUGUUGGCAGACACACACACAAACACACACACUCAGAAAGGCAUUGUAGACAUGCACGCUAUUUCCCUUUAUGUCUUACCACUGACAUGAUGAGGACCAAAAUUAUACCUCCUGUCUCGAGGAUAUAUAGUAUACAAACUGGAUGAACAGGAACAAUUAAACCAAUGAAUCUUAUGAAGAGCUGAAGACCUACCACUGUUUGGAAGGAAAUACUAGUUCUAUGUUCAUUCCUAUGCCAUUGUAUUGUUUAUUAUGCUAGUCAAAGGCUCUAAUGCACUUCAUGGAGAUCUCCCAAAGAAAGCGCUCUUCAACGUGGCUGCAGUGGGACUGUAUUACUGCAGAUGGACCCGUGUGGUUACGGUGUUACUGUACGUUGAUGUUUGUUUUUGCAGGACCAGACUUUUGGAUAGACAUUUACUGUGUACAUUCAUUUGACAGUUCAGUUCCCUUGAUAUUAUCCACGGACAGUAAUAUCAAGCAGAGUUGAAUAACAGUUAAACUGAGUGUAUUAUUUUUUGUGAAAACCUUCUUUAUGGUGUUGCUCUGUUUGUUUCGUGGACCAACCAAAAUACUAUUACUGUUAGCACUAUGGAGGUCAGUGGCGGCCGGUGCCAUUUAAAAUGAGGGAGGACGAUUUCUUUUUUUAUGAGCAUGGCCUUAUUUCUAUUACAGCAUAUUGGAUGACUGUCAUUCCUUUUCCAUUCACACAGUUCACUGUAACAUCGAUAGGUUUAGGCUACUUCAUGAUACUCAAAUGUUACCUAUAUCCAUCAUGUUGCUACAACCUAACCUAUGAAUGAAAGUUUACAACGUAGGUGCACACAGGUCGAAAGAACCAUUUGAGGUGACAGACCGUGACACAUGGACACACAGUGACACAUUCAAUAUCACCUUGCACACUCUUGCCUGCAUCUAGGGUGUAAUCAUUAGUCUAACAGUUGCAAACAAGUUUCUAUUGGACAAAUUCAGGUAUGUUUAUCCCCAUUUUGUUCUGUUUGCUUCCGUUUAAAAAACGUUUUACAGCAGAAUGAAUACACCCCUGAUCACGAGUAAAUACAGUUCACUUUCAUAGUAGCCACGUUGUAUUUCUUCUGGCUUCUAUGCGCUCUCCACCUCUCACCUUUCGCUUGUGGACUUCAAUGCACAACACAUCAGCUGAAUGUGACCAGGCAAAAAAAAACUUUCCAAGCCAAACUAUAUCAUAACCGUGACACACAGCCUACAUCGUUGUCACCAUAUUAGCUAAAGUAACGUCAUAGUCAACAAAGCUAAUAUAACUAAUGCGUCAGUAAACCCGCUACAAUCAUGCAGUAAUGUUACAGUGUACAGUCAGUAAGCAGUUUAGCACCUGCACCGGCGGGCUCCGGGGGAAAUACAUUUGUAAAACAAAAAUCUUACCUGGACUUGGAAGAGUUCCAGUGUUUUGUUGGAUAGUCAUAGCCAGCUAGCUAACAUAGCAUCCCUCUGUCAGAGAAGAGUAUUUAAGCAGGCUAAACUAGAUAGCUGCAUAGGCUAGCUGAGUAAGUGAAAGUGAAAAACAAUUACUCUCUUGCUUCUCCUAUAUUUUGGAAGAAAUUAAUUUGUUCAAAACUGUUCAACUAGUGUCUUUCUCUCUUUGAGUUAACUACUCGCCACAUGUUAUGCACUGCAGUGCUAGCUAGCUCUAGCUUAUGCGUUCACUACUAAAUUAAUUCUCUGAUCCUUUGUUUGGGUGGACAUGUCAGUUUAUGCUACAAGAGCUCAGAUAGGUUGGAGGACAAGUCAAUGUACCCAGAGGAGGAUGGACCAUGGUGCUACACCAUGGUGCUACCCUACAGAGUGCUGUUGAGGCUACUGUAGACUUUCAUUGCAAAACAGUGUGUUUUAAUUCAUUAUUUGGUGACGUGAAUAGUAUAGUUUUAUCUAAUUCAUUCAAUUUUAUGAUAUUCACUGAGGAUGGUCCUCCCCUUCCUCCUCUGAGGAGCCUCCACUGAUGGAGAUGUGGCUUUACUAUGAUGGUGCAUACUUCUCCCUUAGGCCUUGUGUAGGAAGUCUCUCUUGUACUCCAGUUGUAUGUAUGAUGCAGUACUUGACAUCAUGCUGAUUAUAGAUUUUCAGAUAUACUGUAUCUGUAGUUUGUUAACAUGUCCUGAGACCUUUUUUUGUGUGUUCAUGAUGUCCAGUGUAGAUUGUUUUUGUUUUGAAUUGAAAUGUGUAGCACAUUCCACUGUUUCAUUUUCUAUAUUCAUUCUAGGGUUAUGUAGUUUGUCUUAAUGAGCAUUUCAUCUAGAUUGCACUUGUUUUUAGAGGUUCUUCAGUGGAUGAAAAAAAACUGCCCACCAUCAAAUUGAGAAAUUGACAUUUGUUUUCAGAUUCACAAUAUUAUUUUGUAUAUGACCCCAUACUUCUAUGGAAUGUGGCUAAAUGUCUAAAUGUAUCAUAAGCUCUCUAUUAAUGUGUAUUACUGUGUUUUCUCUGUUGAAAAUCGAAGAGAAGAGUGAGAGAGAGCAUCCACUUCUGACUAACCACUGCAGAAAGAAGGCAUUUACAAGGCAUAUUUUUUCAGGAACAUACUCUCUCUGCUGGUGCACCAGUACAGGGGCAUGUACGCCGGUGAUACACGUCAAUCUUGUCUUAACUAACCAUAGGUUUAUCCUCUCCCCUAGUUGUCGUUGAGAGAGAGAUCACGAUAACCAUGCUAACAAGUCUUAUAGUCAUUUCUUACUAUACUCUGUACCAACCACUGUGGAUGGCUACAGAUGUAGGAUUGUAGUAAUUUGAUCACCCUGUUGCCGGAGAACUUUCCUGAAAUGCAGGAAAUUUAAACCUUGUAGUGUAUUUGAGGUAUAUUAAAAGUCCACUUUUAAACAAAAAAAAACAUAUCAAUCUCUACAAUACUGUCCAUAAAUUAUAAUCCACAUAAUUCACUUUUCCUGUUUGCUGCAGGACUACUUUUGUACUGUAGCAAACAGGUUGAAAUAAAAAUCAAAAUCUGUAUAUGUGUGUAGGAGGCCAUUGCCAGUUUUCAAUAUUCAUUAUUGUUUGUACUAACUAUUUGUUUUGGGGUGGUUGUUUUCAAGACUCUGGGCAAUGUUUGCCCGUAAGAUCCCCUCAAAGACUUGUAUAAAAAGAAAUAGAAGUAACCACCAUUAUUCAUAUUCUCGUAGAACAGUGCCUGUGCUCUCUGUCUCGUAGUACACCAGUGGGUAUCUGUUGUCUAUGAAGUAAUGUUAGACAAAGUGUGUUGGAUACUGUACUUUACCUCUCCUGUAAAGACUUCCAGGGGCCUAUGGGCAACACUCUUAUUGUCUUAGUGACAAGUGGGCCACUCCUCUUGAUUUCCUUUAAUAUUGUCCUUUUUAUGCUCUGUUUCUUAAAGUCACUGUAAAUAGAUACUCAAGACCAAAAUACAUCACGCAUGUGCCUUGAGUCAAGUAUUGGUAGCCUUCACUAACUGGAGUUAAGAAUAACAGUCUUUUUUUCAUACUUUUUAUUUACCUUGUGUUAAUUUUUUCCUACAUAUUUCCUAUGUAUGUAUAGAAAGGAUGUCUAUUUUGUACUGUUUUUCUCUUAAUUAAAUUUUUUAAUGGUAA